AUGCAGACUACUACUUUUCAAAACUUAUCUGAAAAAGUAGAAAUUACAUCUGUCGUCAUUAUCAUGUGUGGUAUUUGGUGUAUAUUUGGUUCAUCGGUCGAUGUUCAUAGACAAAUACAAGGAUGCUUUAAUCUGGCCCAUCGAGGUCCCGAUUGUUUUCGAAUGGAAAAUGUAAAUCAUUUUGAUAAUUGUGUAUUUGGAUUUCACCGUUUGGCUAUAGUUGAUGAUAUUUAUGGCAUGCAGCCGAUGAGACUUCAUGCACUGCCACACAUUUGGAUGACAUACAAUGGUGAAAUCUAUAAUUUUAGACAAACACAAGCAAAAUUCGGUUAUAAUUUUGAAACAGCGUGUGACGGCGAGAUAUUAAUUCAUUUAUACAACGAUAAGGGAAUACAGUUUAUGUGUGAACAACUGUAUGGUGUCUUUGCAUUCGUCAUUUUGGAUACAAAAGAGAGAAAAGUUCACAUUGGAAGAGAUACGUUUGGUGUGCGACCAUCAUUUCGAAUUUAUACGGAUUGUGGGUUUCUAGCAGUAGCAUCCGAAGCAAAAGGUCUGAAAGGUCUUACUGUCAAAUCAAAAAAACCAUUAAAAGUUGAAACUGUCGAACCGGGUACAUAUGAAACUUACACGAUGAAUCAAGAGGGUCUAGUGACGCUCGAUGAAAAGAAACGAUUUCACGCAAUUGGUACUAUGCCAAAGUAUGAUGUUAACGUGACGUUGACUGAUGAUGUAUUGUUAAACAUUCGUGAAUGUUUAACAAAUGCUGUACGCAUGCGUUUGAUGUCCCAUAGAAGAAUUGGUUGUAUGCUCUCUGGUGGUUUGGAUUCGAGUUUAAUUGCUGCGUUAACCGUUCAAGAGGCAAGAAAAAAAGGCAUUACCUAUCCGAUACAAACAUUUUCUAUCGGAAUGGACGAUGACAGUCCAGACAUUGUGGCAGCGCAAAAAGUGGCCGAUCAUUUGAAAACGGAGCAUCAUUCAAUACGUUUUUCAGCAGAAGAUGCUGUAAAUUCAUUACGUGAUCUUAUUUAUUCAUUAGAAUCUUAUGAUAUAACAACUAUAAGAGCGUCCAUUGGAAUGUAUUUUGUUAGCAAAUAUAUCCGUGAGCAUACAGAUACAGUUGUAGUUUUAUCUGGUGAAGGAGCAGAUGAAGUUUGUCAAGGUUACAUUUAUUUUUAUCGUCAACCAAGCGCAGAAGGAGGUGAUAAAGAAAGUCGACGUCUCUGCCAAGAUCUUUAUUACUUUGAUGUAUUGAGAGCUGAUAGGACAACAGCUGCUCAUGGUCUUGAAUUACGUGUACCAUUUUUGGAUCAUUUUUUUUCAUCGUACUAUUUAUCAUUACCAGCUGAUCAACGAUCACCAACUAAAGAACGAGUUGAAAAAUAUCUUCUACGGAAAGCAUUUGAUGGUCUUGAUUUGAUACCAUCUUCAAUUUUGUCAAGACCAAAAGAAGCAUUCUCAGAUGGUGUAGCAGCAAAAAAGAAAUCAUUGUUCCAAUAUAUGCAAGAAUAUGCUGAGACAAAAGUACGUUUUUUAUUCAUAUAA